CUCUUACUCCUCCUCCUCUUCCUCCUCCAUCGCCGUUGCAGAAUCCCUUCUCCUCCCUCCUCCUGCCUCUUCCCCCAUUCGUCGCAGCUCUCCCGCUUCCCCGACACCAUCCUCCUCCUCCCUUCUCCUUCCUCCUCCCUCUUUCACCCGUUCAUCGCAUCCCCCCGCCCCUCUUCCCCUCCCCCUCGCCCUCCUCCACUUCAUCACAGGCCCCGCCCCCCGUUUUCCUUCUCCGAUCCCAACAGUCCCCUCUCCGUUUUCCUACUCCGCACCCGACAGCCCCCUCUCCAUUAUCUUGCUCCGGCCUCGACAGCCACCAUCUCCCUCCUCUACACCCCUCUUCGCUCUCUCUACACAUCUUCCCCUCCCCUUUCCUUCUCCCUGAUAGUUACUCGCUACCCUCCCAACAAGCAGUCAGCAGCUUAUCAUGAGCAUUUACUUAAAAGAAAUAGAAAGUCACAGUAUGCAUGUUAAAUACUGUUGUUAAGAUAGACAGCAGGAGAAGUGCUGCUUUUAUAAAGAGCAAAGGGAAUUGGGGAGUCUUAGAGAAAAAGAAAAAAACAUGGAAAAGAUAGAACAAGAGAUAGCAGAGACAAUAAUUGGGUCACUGUCCAAAGAAAAUCAUAAUUAUUUCAGUAGAAUCAUGCACAAGUCUGACUAUUCCUCAUGUGAAGCAUUUUAAUUAAAAAUAUACCUAACAUAAUACUAAUCUGACUAGGUUUCCCAAUAGAAGCUCUCUCAACAGCAACUGCUUAUUUUGAUGAAGCGUUUGGUUCAUCAGACCUCUUAGUUUUCUUAUUAUCUUUACUGCAUUGCAGUUUCUUUUUCAAGCACAUCAGAAAAUUUCAACACAAAACCCCAAAUGACACAAGGGACUUGACUCGAUCUAAACUACAAGUUGAGUCAACAACUAGAAUUUGACUUGAUUUCCAAACCCGAAAAUAGACCCAAAAUCUCAAUGUAUUUGGUCAGGGAUAUGGGAUGCUUGGUAGUGUCUAAACCCACCAACUACAAUGGAAAAAUAAGUGGAAUAUUGUCUGUGCGCUGGUGUUGUCUGAUGCCAUUAUUUCAGUGGUGGAAAAUUGCUCGGAUGUGAGCAUGAUAAUAAGUAACUAAUCAUAGGUACUCUUUAUCAACUCUCAAACACCAUUUAGAGACUUAUCUCUGAAAGAAAUGGCUGAUUGGGACUAAAUGCAUGUGGAUUAACAUGAUUGGUAAAGGAAUGUUGUCUGAGACAGAUGAUUAGUUGAAAGUUUUCAACAUCCUUGAUUCGAGGUAGAAGAGGAAUUUGGACUUGGAGAGGGCAGAAAUAAGACUACUUUUCUUGUAUUUUUCUGCAAACAGUACGGGAUACUGCCUCAAAAGACUAAUGUUUUCGGUCCAGCAGAGGCUCUUUUGCCUUCUCUCUUGUAACAAGUCCAACGUCCAUCUUUCCUCCUAUCAACUCUGCAGUCUGUUUAGCUUUUCCACUGCCAAAGAGAACAGUUCAAAUCAUAGAUCCAACUUUACAUUGGUCGGCCCCCUUGAGUCAUGUGAACUUUCCUCAAAAGAGGCUGCAAAAACGGCUGAUGAUAGCAUCUGUGAAAAAAAACUUUCAAGUUCAAGUCCUUCCAUUGAGUUCUUUAAGCAGAGUGGUUGGAGUGAUGCACAAGUCAUGAAGCUUAUGCAGAGGGAACCCAGGUUUCUACGUGCUAACGUAGAGACUAUCCUGAAGCCCAGGAUGCGAUCUUUGCAGGAGAUGGGAUUUUCUGACACUGAAAUAAUUCGGCUGGUUUCAUCAUGUCCUACUCUGCUCCGUUUAAGUGAUAUCCAACCAAGGAUCAACUUCUGGAGAUCACUACUUGGUUCUAAUGAGAGGUUUCUGAAAGCCUGCAAGAGGAACAUGUUUGUUCUUACUUCUAGCUUGGCUCGGAAUAUAGAACCCAGUAUAUCUCUCUUGAGGGAACGUGGCAUCAGUGAUGAGCGGAUCGCGCAUAUGGUGGUGACAAUGCCGGGCGGUUUUGGUAGAAUAGACAAAUUAAAGGAAGUUAUCAAAUAUAUUGAUGAAUUGGGUGUCCCACGAGACUCUGGAGUAUACACUAAAGCACUUAAUGUGGUCAUUACCGUGAGCAGGUCCAGGUUUGAUGCUAUGUCGGUAACUCUGAUGAGCUUUGGGUGGUCCCAGCCUGACAUCAUUGCUUUAAUCGGGAAGUGCACCUCCAUUUGGACACUCUCAAAGAAGAACAUAUGUGACAAGAUGACAUUCCUGAUGAAGGAAGCUGGUUGUGAGCUGACAUAUAUCAUUGGCCAUCCCGUGCUUCUUACAUAUAGCUUGGAGAAGAGGUUGAGACCUCGAUAUGAUGUUAUGAAUUUUCUUGAUCAGAAUAAAUUGCUGGAUAGAGGACAUAACCUGGCAUCUGUCGUGACGCUACCUGAAGAGAAGUUCAGAAACAAAUUCCUUUUCCUGCUAGGCGAGGAGAAAUUUAUUGCUCAAUAUGAGUCCUAUGUUGUUGCUGUGCAGGGAAAGAAUGACGUUGUUGCGGAAAACUAGUAUUGCAAGUGCUUCCUUAAGACAAAGUGUCGACCUAUUGCAUGCUGACUGCAAAUUAAUCACUUUAUAUUUGUGACAAUUUAAAUUCUGCAAGAGUUUCUUGGAGUAUAACUUCCAUGUUGAUUUGGUGAUUCUUCUUCUAUUUAUUUUUUCUGCAACAAGAGGUACUGAUUCUUUUAUGCUGAUGUCUCAGAAAUUGGUUUGGGGGAAAGUCGAUUACUACAGAAAGGUGUAACCGAAAUAUCAAGCUUUUGUGUUC